UCUGUUGUUCAGUCGCUGCUAAGAUCGACCAUCGUAAAAGACCUAAGGAGUUAAUCAUAAGUUUUUCGUGAAAUUUUAGGCAUUUUAUUGACUUUUUUUGAAUAUAAUUUAUAUCAAUAUGUCAUAGGAGUGCUAAUAAUAUAAAGAAUUGUUACAGUUUAACGUUCACUACGUUAAAAUUGCGGUGUUUUGUGAGAGAAUAUUUUUCUUAUUUGCUUUUGGGUUAUUUUUUAUUUAAUUGUUGAAGUAGAAUUAAAGUCGUUUUGAAACAAGCAUAAUUUGCUGAUACAACAAGUGCACUUUUAAGUAAAUUCUCUGUGAAGUUGAUACAAUAAAAAAAUAAACCCUAAAAGCAGGAAUUUCAAUACAAACGAAUAAUUAUCCGAAAAUAAAAACUUUUGUUACAAAGUAGUUAAACUAAGUAAAUAGAGAAAGGAGUUUUGUGACAUCAAUAAACAUCAAGACAUAAUAAUGGAGAAUCAAAACGGCGUUAAGGGUCCUAACGAAAACCAAAACAAUGAUAAGUCACCUCCGAGUAUCACGGUCACAGCGACAUCCCCACAAACGAUUAGUAACAACCAUACCACGAACGUCACCCCACCGCCAACAGCUAUAACGAAAAAAGAAAAUCUCGCAGGGCCCUUCAUCAAAAAGGAUCGACGUCAAGUAAGCGCUCUAUAUAAUGUAUUAAACAAGCAAAAUUGUGAAAUCGAGUCGCUGCCACAACUAAAAGAAGCUGACACCAGUGAACGUGAAGAGCUCUUCAUAAAAAAGAUUCGACAAUGUUGCGUUCUUUUUGACUUCACCGAACCAUUGGACGACUUGAAAUGGAAGGAAGUUAAGCGAAGUGCCCUUCAGGAAAUGGUCGAAUUCAUUAACAAUAACAAUGGAAUUAUCACUGAAGCUGUUUAUCCGGAAGCGAUUCAAAUGUUCGCCAUCAAUCUUUUCCGAACAUUGCCACCAUCGUCAAAUCCCAAUGGAGCUGAAUUCGAUCCUGAAGAAGACGAGCCAACGCUUGAAUCGUCGUGGCCUCAUCUACAAAUUGUCUAUGAAUUAUUUUUGCGUUUUCUUGAAUCUCCCGAUUUCCAACCGAAUAUUGCUAAACGUUUCAUCGAUAGUCAGUUUGUGUUGAGACUGCUGGAGCUUUUUGAUUCGGAAGAUCCACGUGAACGUGACUUUUUAAAAACUGUUCUUCAUCGUAUUUAUGGAAAAUUUCUUGGCUUGCGUGCAUUUAUAAGAAAGCAGAUUAACAACGUCUUUUACAGAUUUAUUUAUGAAACUGAACAUCACAAUGGCGUUGCAGAGCUCCUAGAAAUUCUUGGGUCAAUAAUCAAUGGCUUUGCAUUACCACUUAAAGAAGAACACAAAGCUUUCUUACUCAAAGCUCUUUUGCCAUUGCACAAAGUGAAAAGUUUAUCGGUUUAUCACCCACAGUUGGCGUAUUGUGUUGUACAGUUCCUUGAGAAAGAUCCAAGUCUGACAGAGCCUGUUAUAAAAGGCCUCCUCAAGUUCUGGCCGAAAACGCACAGUCCAAAAGAAGUUAUGUUUCUCAAUGAACUUGAAGAGAUACUCGACGUGAUUGAACCAGCUGAGUUCCAGAAAGUGAUGGUGCCACUUUUUACACAAAUUGCAAAAUGCGUCAGUUCACCACACUUUCAAGUUGCCGAACGUGCUCUUUAUUAUUGGAACAACGACUACAUCAUGUCACUUAUCACCGAAAAUUCUACAGUCAUUCUACCAAUCAUGUUUCCAGCUUUGUAUAACAAUUCAAAGACACAUUGGAAUAAGACAAUUCAUGGGCUGAUUUAUAACGCUAUCAAACUUUUCAUGGAAAUGAAUCAUAAGCUUUUCGAUGAAUGCAACAACAAGUUUAGAAACGAGAGACAAUUAGAAACUGAACAAUAUGCGAAACGUGAAGAAGUCUGGCAGCAAAUAGAAGAACUUGCACGUAAGAAAAAUCCCCAAUUUGAAAAUCUUAUCAAUCAGAUGGAUUAUCUAUCGUUGAGUCAGAACAACAAUGACUUUACUGUUAACGAAGAUGAUUUUUCUAGCGAAAAAAUUGAUCAAUAUUCGAAAGAUGUUCGUAACAUACGCAACAAGGACAAGCCAUUGAUGCGUCGAAAGUCUGAUCUGCCACAAGAUUCUGGCGUAGCACGAGCUUUGACGAGUUAUAAGCGAGCUGAUGAAUUUCUUAAAACCCCGCCAGAUGGAAAUAAAUGCUAGAAUUGGAUUAAUAAUCCCUUCACAUCGUCUGUCACUUAAACAAAUUCUUCUUCUAUUCAGCUUAUCGUUAUCUACAUUCAUGAGUCUUUAUUUUCUUUUUCCUUCUUGUAAAUUGAUGAGAAGCUUAAUGAAACCUUUAAACUUCAAUUGUCGUCUGAUAAAAUAAGAUUUCUUCAAUUUCAUUUUCUCACUUAAACGUUAAAUAAGAAAGAGAAGAAAGGAAAGUUUUAUGUGAUGUAAAAAAACAAAAAUAAAAAUAUUAAUUAUAAUAAUAAUAAUAUUUGGUGGCACAUUCAACAGGGCAUAGUCAACAAGUUGAUCUCAUUCAAUAUUUAUGAGUGGAACAACGUUGAUAAGUAAUCCCUGACCGAAAUGAAGUUGGGAGAAUUUUCUUUUCUUUUCUCGUAUUUAAAAUAACUAUUUGUGAUCACCAGAAAAAAAAAUUUACAAUUGCUUGUUAAUUGAAAAACAUGAAAGAAGAAAAUGAUGAAAAUUAUUGAAGAUGGAAAACUGUUUUUAGGCAACACAAGACUAUAUACAUUCAAUACAUAUAUACAUAUAUACUUGAUGAUAUUUUGCGGGUGGAUUGAUGAGACAUAAAAAAUAAUAUAAAAAUUUUUGUAAAUACAUAAAUAAAUCAUUUGAAGUAAGUCAUGUUUGAAUGGAAGAAGAAGUAAACACUACAAUAAAUAUUAAAUAAACUUCUCUUGUUCUUUUCACAAGCAUAAUCAGGUUAAUAAAGAGAAAUAUUCUGUGACAGAACUUCUUAUAUAACGAAUCGCAGAUAAAGAAAAGAUUGAGUAAAAUAUCUAGGUAGACAGAUAAAGUUUCUCUUUAUUAAAAAUUAAUUCAAGAAGAAAACUGAUCUGAGGGAUAAAUUACAUAUAAGUCAAUCAGUUGAAAUGUUUAAAUUAAAAGAGAAGAAAACAUUUCUUAAAGCUGAAAUAGUUCUAUUGUUUUCCUUGUCCUUUAAUUAAGUUCCACACAUGUUAUGGACAUUUUACGUAUAUAUUAAACAUAACAAUAAACUUUACUUGCAAACAAUUCAUACAGUAUCAAGAAGAGAAAAACUACACAAAAGCUGAAGAAAAAGAAAAAACGGCUCUAAUUUAUAAGAUGAUGCAUUAGAUGAUGACGAGUACAUUAAUUAUUUGUAAAUUAGAUGUUUAAAAAAGUACACAAGAAUUCUUGGUAAAAUUUAUGGUGAAAGUAAGAAAGAAAUUCUUUAAAUCAAACAAACGCUACAGAUGGAUAUGUAGAAGAAGAUGAGAUAAAAACUAACUAUUGAUAAUAAUCGCCUUAUCAUAAACAAAAACUUUCAUUCUUUCUCGCGCGCAAAGCUGUUUUCUUAUGUUGAAUCUAUGUUAGAGAAAAUGAAAGAAAAUAUUUUUAAAGAAAAAGCUGAAACAUGUUAUUUAAGCUUAGAAGCUUUAAGAUGAAGCAGAAAAAAAAUUAUUUCAAUUAAAAAGUUUCUUCAGAAUUUAAUUUGAGAAAUUUGCCUUAAAUAUUAUUUUCAUUCCUAUUACAAUAAUUAUUUAUCCCUGAAUAUCAAAUGUUUGUUAUUUGAAACGUAUUUUUCUGUCUUUUCUUGCUUUACGUACUUUAAUGAACCUUUAUGAAGGUUUCUAUUUAUCACAUCUUUCACUGUGUUUAAGUUAUUUCCUACUAUUGUCUCUAAGAUUCUUUUUCUCUCAUGAAUAAGUCUUAAAAGUAAAAUUAUUGAUAAAAGUGAAAAAUAAAAGUUUAUAUCAUGGAAAGACAA